AUUUUACUUCUUAAAUUUUGUAGACCCUAGCAAGUUGCUUCAUUUGUUUCUUUGGGCUCUUUUUUCUUGGAUCUGAGAUGUUUGGCAUUAAUGGAGUCUUGUGCAAGUACAAUAUAGAGAUGGGUGUGGGUGGAGUUCAGUCUAGCGCCGUGUACAUAUCGUGUUUCUUUCUUGGCAAGUUGCUGACAUUUUGGCAAAGAUGAUUUGAAGAGUGUUGGCCCAGCUCAUUAAUGCUAACUUGUAUUUUUGUGAUGGAGAGAGCUCAAGAGGAGGCAAAAAGAAAAGAAUCCUCUUUUUGGUGGCCUUUUUGUUGGUCGGGUUGAAACAUAGAAAGUUUUUCUCCCGCUUAAGUUACUAGUUAAAGGGAACGGGCUCGGUCUUUAAGUAACUGAUUGGUCGCGAGAGCUGUUAAGAGGAAAGGAAGUGUUUGGUGUUAUGACUUGUUAGUCGAAAGGGCGAGGUUUUGUUGUUUUGGGAUUUGGUGGCAGUUCUAUGUGACCUUUCUACAGCUUUAAUGGACUGCAAUCUGAGAUCUCCCAUGCAGUGGGACUGGGAGAACUUGAUGAUGUACAACUCGUCUCAGACUGAGAGAGACAAAAAGCAGCUAUCGAUUGAGUGGGAAGUGGAGAAUGGUGAGGGCAUCGAAUCUGUAGUUCCAUGUUUCUCUGGUUUUGAGGGAGUCAGCAGCGGCUCUGGUACCAAUUUCUGGCACACUGCUCUGUCGAAAAGCUCGCAAUCCACAUCUGUUACUUCUUCGUCGCCUGAGGCUAAUAAAACAUGUAAGCUUGCUUCGGAAAGUAUCCCUGAAGAUUCUUGCAGCAACAUAGAAUUUGAGCAGGUGAAGGCAUCCCCGGCUGUCGAGGUAUCUGUUGGCUCCUCUGCCGAAUCCUUUCUUGGUUUAAAACUAGGAAAGAGGACCUACUUUGAAGAUUUUUGUGGUGGAAACAAUAAUAAUGACAUUUCAGCCAUUUCUGUGAAGUUGACACCAUCUGUUGCUAUGAAGAAAUCCAAAUCGAUCGGUCAGAGCAUGCAAGUUCCCCGUUGCCAAGUUGAGGGUUGUGACCUCGAUCUCUCUUCUGCUAAGGACUAUCAUCGUAAGCAUAGAGUUUGUGAAAGCCAUUCUAAGUGCCCCAGAGUUAUCGUGUGUGGCCUGGAACGCCGGUUCUGUCAACAGUGUAGCAGGUUUCAUGCUCUGUCCGAGUUUGAUGAGAAGAAGCGAAGCUGUCGUAAAAGGCUUUCUCAUCACAAUGCACGGCGUCGCAAACCACAAGGAGCGUACCCACUGAAUCCAGCAAAGAUCUACGAAAGGACACAGCAACAGACAAAUCUGCUGUGGAAUGAGCUGAGGCUCAAUACAAGGUCGGAGCAAAGGUAUGGAUGGGGAGCCUCAUACGGAAGCAGACCAGAAAGCGGGUUUACACUGAGUUUCGAGAGAGGAGGCCAUUGCAAUGGCGUGGAGGAGCAGCUCUUCUCCAACAGUAGUAGUAGUAGUAGUCAUCAUCAUCAGCCGAUUCAUGCUUAUUCGGCCUUCCAGAAUACCGCUGCUGCCGGCUGUUUCUCGUCAGGGAAAUCCACCAUCAUCGGCUUUCAGCUUCCUGGCAAAGAAGGAUACUCGGGAGGAAAUGAAGCUCAGGACUUGCACAGUGCUCUCUCUCUUCUGUCAACCAAGACGUCUGAAUCACGUGGGACGAAACCACCUCCUCCUCCCCCGAGGCACCGCCAUGCCAUGGCUCAUGCUGCUGCUGAUAAUGAUGAUGAUGAUGAUGAUCCUCAUUGCCACCCCAUUUCUGAUGCUUUCCCUACUCUCUUCAUUUGAGCUUUUCAUCUGUGCCUGGAAGUGAUCCUUCUAUGACACUCGCACUGUACUCUUUUUCAUCCUGCAUCGAUCUUGUUUCCCCUCUUGUCGGGAGCUGAAGAUCAAAUUGGCUGUUUAAGACUCCCGGUUCUGUUUGUUCCUUGUUUUCCGACAUUUCUUUGCUUCUAUUCAGUUCUCCCUACUUCUGCGUAUAAA